AUGUUUCGACUGAAGUGGGAUUACGAUCCGAAAGCCUCGUUCAGCCGCAAAGACAGUAUUAAGCCAUGGCUUGUGAACCAACUCAAACCGUGGCUGAUUUGCGUGGCCAUCGAACGUUCGGACAAUAUCAAAAUAGUCUUCAGGUGUAAAUCGGGAUCACUACUGUGUCCAUUCCGGGUCAGAGCCAACUACUCCAUUCGCUCCAAGCUAUGGACGCUUCUGGUGGUUUCCGAUUUGCAUAAUCAUAAGAUUCCCAAUGGGGAAAUCGUGGCAGUUCAGCCUUCUCCACCAAAGAGACAGAAAGUGCAAGAUCCAGACAAAUCAACACUAAAUGGACUAGCACAACACACUAAUGUAUUUGUGGGCAUUCCAAAACCGCUACAGCAGGCUCUGGCGAGGGAUGUGGAUGAAAUCGUUUCGAAUAUGUGUUCGGAUGUAGCACUGCUCAUGACAAGAAAUAUCUGGCACAAUCCUAAGCUACUGAGCGAGCAGAAGGAGGCGGCAGUGUCUCGAGUAGUUGCUGAAUUAGUCGAUGAGUACUUAGAAGAGUCACGUCCUGUGACUGCUUCUUUAAUGCCGCUUUCGCCGCUUUUGAAUGAGCCAGACUUUUCUGAUACUCAACUUCCGGCGCUUUCGGCGCCUUCACGAGCUACCGGUCCACUUCCACCGUUCAAUUCGCUUCAGACACAGUUGUACCCGCUGCCGGAAGUGCUGGAUUUGGCUAAAACUAUGAACCCAGUCCAAUUAAUGAAAACACACGAUCUUAGUGAGUUCAAGGUAGAUAAUAUCGGAGCUCCAACGUCACUGAUGCUGCUGUUUCUUGCGCCGAAUGCACCUCUGCCAGGUGAUCGCGAUGUUUUAAUGGGAAACUUACACUUGGGGUAUUGGUCUACCGUUGGGUUGAAUGAAUGA